ACAGCCAAUAGAAUAUUGACUAUUUUUUCCCUUGCUUGUUAAAUGUUAACUUAUCCAGUUACCUGUAUUAGUCAGCCACUGUUUUUCCACUGUGUUAUUCUCAGUAUUUUAUUUCAGGUGAUGCUGCUGUCGGAGAGGGAGUGAUGAGGUACUUUCUGACAACGGUGAUAUCCAAACUCCAAUUUGGAUUCAGUCUAGAUCUUGGAGGAAUGGGCCGAACACUGCUGUUUGAGGGUGAACCUGACCAUCUUGUUCCAGCAGCAUCAGAGGCAUUCAUUGAAAGCAAUCUCUUCCGGGUUGCAGGAAGGAUGUUGGCCCACAGCUUUCUGCAUGACGGUCCCCAUGUCACAGGAUUAAGUCCUGCUGUGAUUCAUGUACUGUUCAAUGGGGAUCCUGAAAUGGCAACUGUUGUUACAGAAGACUGUCCUGAUCUGCACAUCAGGAGUAUCAUAAAACUGCUUGAACAAGAAGAACUCACACCAGAACAGAAGGACACAGUUUCAGAUCUUUCCAUGUCUUGGGAUCUUCCAGCAGUCACCAAAACAAAUCGGAGAUGGCUACAUAACAAACUUCUACUCCAUGCAGUCAUUGGGAGGACCAUGCGCCAGAUCAAACAGUUGAGAAAGGGACUGAAAGAUGUGAUGGUAUGGCCCCUGCUGACAUCUAGGCCAGAUGUUGUCCCACUUAUUUUCCCCAAAAUGGCUGAAAUGCAGUUCACACCCCAGAUGCUCCUACAAAAAAUCACAUGGCCAGUUGAGGACAGUGAUGAUGAAGACUUUGACUUAGAGUCCACGUGCCGCGUCACUGGCUUUCUAAGGUUGUUCAUUGAAACAGCUUCAUCAGGUACCCUGGCCCAGCUGUUGACAUUCUGGGUUGGCUGGGAGAUGCUUCCUCCCAAACUGAGAGUGGAGAUUUCUGGGGGAACCCUUCCUACGUCCUCCACAUGCUUCGAAACACUAAAGCUGCCAGCUCAUUUCAAAACCUACAUGGAUUUUGAGGAAGCACUUGUCUCUGCCAUAAAUAGUGCACAGACUGGAUUUGGAUUUGUUUAAUUUUUUCAGACAGAUGUCAUUGAAUGCACUGUUAAGUAGGUCAGGUCAAUUGACACAAGUUCAGUGUCUUUGAAAACUAAUAAACAAAUAAAACACUGGGUUGGACAUCA